UAAACAGAAUUUUAUAGAAAAAAAAAUAAAAAAAAAAGAAGAAGAAAAAUUAGCAAUAUCCAUACAUAACUACUCGUUGCUUUUAUUCUUAUUAUUUUAUUUAAUAAUAAUAUCCGUUUUCUUGUACUCACUACUACCUCCUAUAAUUGCGGAGUCUUUCAACGUUCAUUGUUCAUGUUUACUAUUGUUGUAACCUUUUAAUCCCGCUUUUUCUUUAUAUGCCUUCUCUCACCUUUUGGUCCUUUUCUUAACUCCUUUUUCUGCUCCUAGUUUUUUUCAAUUUUUUUUUUCUGAUCUAGUUCAUAAAAGAACAAAAAAAUGAAAAUGACAAUCUCUAGCAUAAAUCAGAUACAGAGAAGUUUAAUUCUUGUUUGCUUCAGAUGAUAUAUUGUAGUUGUGCUGCAAUUGCCAUAGUGGAGAGUCGUUUUCAGGUGUAUGAUCGGCUUGCAUUGAAAACAUUCUAGUGAUAAAAAUGGCGAGGGAGUACAUUGGAUCACCGAAGCAUCACCAGUUAGAAUCUAAGAGGAAGCGCCUUACUUGGAUCUUAGGGGUUAGUGGGCUUUGCGUAUUGUCAUACAUCUUGGGAGCUUGGCAGAAUAAUAACGCUCCAACCAAUCGUUCUGAGGUCUACACUAGAGUUGGUUGCGAUAUUGGGUCGUCUUCACCAGGUGAUAAUAGCCAAUCCUCACAAGUUUCAUCGUUAUCGUCAUCUUCAUCAUCAUCAUCAUCAUCAUCAUCAUCUACUGCACUGGACUUUGAAAGCCAUCAUCAAGUUGAGAUUUCUAAAUCUGGUAGAGUCCAAAAUUUCCCGGCAUGUGACAUGCACUACAGUGAAUCCACUCCCUGCCAAGAUCCUGUGAGAGCAAGGAAGUUUGACAGAAACAUGUUGAAAUAUAGAGAGAGGCAUUGCCCAACCAAGGAAGAGCUCCUCCUCUGCUUAAUACCCCCUCCGCCAAAGUAUAAGACGCCUUUCAAAUGGCCUCAGAGCCGAGAUUAUGCCUGGUACGACAACAUUCCUCAUAGAGAGCUCAGCAUCGAGAAAGCUGUUCAGAAUUGGAUUCAAGUGGAGGGUGACAGAUUUAGAUUCCCUGGUGGAGGAACCAUGUUCCCGCGCGGAGCUGAUGCCUAUAUAGAUGACAUUAAUCAGCUCAUUUCUCUUACCAGUGGAAAGAUCAGAACCGCUAUUGAUACAGGGUGUGGUGUAGCAAGUUGGGGAGCUUAUUUGUUGAAGAGGGACAUCCUAGCAAUGUCUUUUGCUCCAAGGGACACACACGAAGCACAGGUGCAGUUUGCAUUGGAGCGGGGAGUUCCUGCAAUGAUUGGGAUUAUGGCUUCAAAGAGGCUUCCCUACCCAGCAAGGGCUUUUGAUAUGGCUCAUUGUUCACGUUGCUUGAUACCUUGGAAUAAAUAUGAUGGAAUGUAUCUAAUUGAAGUGGACAGAGUUUUAAGACCGGGUGGUUAUUGGAUUCUUUCAGGCCCCCCUAUCCGCUGGAAGAAGUACUGGAGAGGGUGGGAAAGAACCCAAGAGGAUUUGAAACAUGAGCAGGAUUCUAUUGAGGAUGUUGCCAAGCGCCUCUGUUGGAAGAAAGUGAUCGAAAAAGAUGAUCUUGCCAUCUGGCAAAAGCCCAACAAUCACGUUGAGUGUGUUAAGAGCAGGAUGAUCUAUAAAACACCACACAUAUGCAAAUCUGACAAUCCAGACACCGCUUGGUACAGAGAUAUGGAGACUUGCAUUACCCCAUUGCCAGAGGUAAGCAGUUCUGAUGAAGUAGCUGGUGGGGAUUUGGAGAAGUGGCCUGAACGUGCAUUUGCCGUCCCUCCUAGAAUUAGUAGCGGUUCAAUACCGGGAAUCAAUGCAGAGAAAUUCGAAGAGGAUAAUGAGCUGUGGAAGGAUAGGGUGUCACAUUACAAGCGAAUUAUACCCCUACACCAAGGACGGUACCGAAAUGUGAUGGACAUGAAUGCUAAUAUUGGUGGAUUAGCAGCGGCGAUGGUAAACUAUCCAGUGUGGGUUAUGAAUGUGGUCCCUGUCAACUCAAAUCAGGAUACUCUUGGUGUUAUUUACGAACGUGGUUUCAUCGGAACAUACCAGGAUUGGUGCGAGGCAUUCUCAACUUACCCAAGAACGUACGACCUCAUCCAUGCUACUGGUGUUUUCAGUAUAUACCAGGACAGGUGUGACAUUAAUCAUAUUCUGCUGGAGAUGGAUAGAAUUUUGAGGCCAGAAGGGACAGUUAUAUUCAGGGAUACAGUGGAGCUCCUUGUAAAGAUAAAGAGCAUUACAGAGGGGAUGAGAUGGAAGAGCCAAAUCAUGGACCAUGAAAGCGGACCGUUUAAUCCAGAGAAGAUUCUUGUUUCUGUCAAAACUUACUGGACUGGUGAAGCUAAUACAGAAAAGAAACAGUAGUAGAGUCCUCAUACAGAGUUGUGGUGUAUACUCGUUUCUUCCCCUAAUUUUGUUGCAACAUUCAAGGAUUUUUUCUUUUGUCUUCGUUGGGCAGUAAUUACCAUAAUUGCAUAAUUUCUCUGCUAAACACUAGCUGA